CCGGCUCCCGUGUUUGGGGGUCGCGGCUCGGGAUUGGCCCAGAGGCGGCGCGGGCUCUGAUUGGCCGAGGGAAUGACUAGGGUGACAUCGCUUUCCGGGCUGUGUGCCUCCUGGGCCUCGAGUCUUGGGCGGCUGCUGGGAGGGCGCUGCCACCCCGGGCGCCCCUGGGCCUCUGCGAGUUCCUCCCGGGUGUCCAGAGAGCGUCGGCUGCGCGCGGUGGCCCCCAGGGCCCCGGGGGGGCGGGGCCGUACCCCGGGUACCCCGGCGGUGGCCUUAAAAGGAGAACCGGUCAGGGAGGAGACUGCGGGUUAGCUUGGGAAUUGAUGGUUAUAGGUUCUGACUUGAGACUCCUGUGUGCUGUAAAUAUUGGGGUUAAACAUGGAAGCUGCUCCAGUUAACACUGAGUUCGCAGUCUGGAAAGGUAAAGACACGAGUUGUAGGAAAAAAAAUCAAGGUGAACUGAAGAAAAUGAGUCUUUCCUCAAAGGAGAUAGAAGAUGGGGAAGAUGAGAUGUCAAAAGAUAAGGACAAUGGCCGUAGAGAUGAGGUUGUCAUCCCGCAGAAGAAUGGUAGGAAGGUUACUACUGUUCCAGGAAAUAAAGUAGGGGGGAAAAAGUCUCUGGCACCCAUGUUUGCUGAGAAAUUAAUAUCACCACACAGGAAGGGAGCCUCAUGGGCCAAGUUGCCCAAAGACAAGAGGAAUGCCAAGCUAGGAGAGCGUGAGAAGAGAAAGGAGAAGGAUGAAGGUCGGAACUAUAAGUUGGACUGGGAUGAGGAAGAUUCUGAAAAUGAAGCCACGUACUCUCCAUGGGCCGGAGGGAGAAAAGCCCUUCCUGUGGAGGCCGAGGAAGAUGAGCAGGAUAACCACAGUGAUGACAGAGGCUGUGAGGAAGAGGAGGAAGAACCCAUCAAAAUAACAUCAGAUAAAUGGAAGAAGGAAAUGGCCAAACAGAAGGCUUCCCCUGAAACCAAAAAACAGAAAUUAGAAGCUGAACCACCUGUAACUUUCACACUGUUUGUCGGAAACCUGAAUUUCAACAAAACUGCUGCUGAACUAAAAACUGGUCUCAGGGAAUUUUUUGCUAAAAAUGAACUUGCAGUUGUUGGCAUUAGAGUCGGCUUGUCCAGGAGAUUUGGUUACGUGAAUUUUAGAUCUGCUGAUGACCAGGAAAAAGCCCUGGAACUCAAUGAAGCAAAGGUCCUUGGGUAUGAAAUUAAACUGAAGAAACUAAAGGGAAAGGAAGCAAAGAAAGAUCGAAAUGCCAAAACACUUUUGAUCAAGAACCUGCCUGACAAAGUCACUCAGCAUGAACUAAAAGAAUUGUUUGAGGAUGCUUCCCAAAUCAGAUUGGUGAGCAAGGGCGGUAUGAGUGAAAGGGAGGCUGAGCAUGAAGUGCGGAACGGGGCCGCAGAGAAACUCCGCAUGAUUUGUCAGGACCCGGACACGUUAAGGAAUCGAACUGCGCAGUACCAGCGGCCGCCAUAG